GACAGAACUUGGAUAGAGUUGGAGUCAGUCAGACCUACAGGACUGUCUCUAUGGGGGCCAAUGUGCGUAAGAGGUUUCUGUCUCUGAUCAGUGCCAUGCUUGUUUCAAUAGCCAUGUUACUCACUAGAAGCUGGAUCAUCAGGCAACAAGGAAACAAACAUCAAUCACCCUCUCCGCAUUUGAAUCCUACACUGCCAACACCCAACUCUUUGACUAGGGACUCUGCCAACCUCAGUGAUGGACUAUACACUUACCACUUGAACAUGUCCCAGUUCCAAUCUGAUUUUCCCCACCUUCAAACCUAUAAAUGCUCAGUCACACUCACCCCUCAGACAGAACAAGAGUUGGGGAACCCCAAACCAGUGGUUAUCAUGGCUAUUAAAUCCCACCCAAGGUCUGGCGCAAGAAGACAGGCAGCGAGGAGAACCUGGGCUUGGGAGGAAGAAGUGGAAGGAUAUUGGGUGAAAACAAUCUUUCUGAUAGCCCAGACAGAGGUAUCUGGGCAAAUGGAACUGGUUGCUCUGGAGAGCCGUGAGUUUGGAGACAUUCUCCAAUGGGACUUCAAUGAAGGACAUCACAACUUGUCUCUGAAAGAGCGAUGCUUCCUGGAAUGGCUGGAUUCUGAGGUCCCAGAGGUGAAAUUUAUAUUCAAAGGAGACGAUGAUGAAUAUGUGAACCCAAGGGCAGUUGUGCAUUUUAUUAAAGAGCAUGGCUCCUCCCCUAAUACACUACAUGGCCACCUCCUUCGUCACAGUACAGUCAUGCGCUCUACCAAGUACGCCAUCUCCAAAACCUUAUAUUCCUUUGACAAAUACCCCUCUUUCCUAUCUGGAGGAGGCUUUCUCUUCCCAGGAACAUCAGUGAAGUACCUCCAUGAGGUUGCUCAGAAGAUCCCAGUUUUCCCAUUGGAUGAUGUGUACUUUGGGUUCCUAGCACUGGCAGCCAACUUGACAUACAGACACGACAGACGGUUCUAUGUAUCUGGGCUGGCAUUUAAUGCGUGCAAGUACCAAGAGGCCCUGGUGGUACAUGGGAUAGAUCCUGAGCGUCUCAUUAAUAUAUGGACAGAGGUGCAGAGAGCACAGUGCCAGGGUGGGCAGAGAGGGGGCAGCUUCACUUUAAAAUCCUUUCCAUGUGGAAACCAUAUGUGUACCCCCAAAUUGUCAUGAAUAUAACAGUAGAGUCAUGACUUAUUGCAGUAACAAUUUCAUCCAAUCCUACUGGUCCAUUCUGUAACCCUUUUUUUGUUAUUUUAUUAACUCAUGUGUGGGAUAACAUUCCUGGUGAUGCAAAUAAAUGAUGAUAUUGUAUGGAAA